ACGUCAUCACUCAACCAUCACAAUGACGGAGACAACAUUUUAUAAGAAAGCCGCAAAAUACUGGGCUAAUGUACCUGCAACAAUAGACGGAGUGCUCGGCGGCUUCGGCCACAUUACGGACAUUGACAUCGAGGGGUCCAAGAAAUUUUUAAAUUACAUAUUGUCACUAGAGCAACCACCGAAAACCAAUUUAGCCUUGGACUGCGGAGCCGGUAUUGGAAGAGUCAGCAAGAAUCUUUUGAUGCAUUACUUCGUGAAGGUCGAUUUAGUGGAACAAGACGAAAAGUUCAUUACCACGGCAAAGCAAUUGCUUGGCGAAAACAAUGCUAAAUUGGGAACGUUGUACCAAAUCGGGCUUCAACAUCUUAAGCUACAAAAAAAAUACGACAUGAUUUGGUGCCAGUGGGUGCUUGGGCAUUUAAAUGACUACGAUUUAAUUACAUUCUUGGAAAGAUGUAAUCAAGCGUUGGCUGAAAAUGGCGUGAUUAUUGUAAAAGAAAACAUAGCACCAUCAGACGAAAUCGAAUACGAUGAUGAAGAUUCCUCUGUAACUCGUCCAUAUAAAUUAAUGGAGAAAAUAUUUGAGGAUGCAAAUCUUCGUGUCAUCGCCGCUGACAUACAAAGUGGUUUCCCUGAUGAUAUUUAUCCCGUUCAUAUGUUUGCAUUAGCGCCGUUUCAAUAACACGAAAUGUAGCGGUGCGUUCUAUCAAUUGAAAUAAACAGUAACGCAAUAAUGUUCCGACAACUAGAACUACUCUUGCAGUAAUAGAUUAUAUCGAUUACAGAUUCUAGAUGUUCGGAAUACUCUCCAUAAUAAUGACUCCCGGUGACAUUGGUUAAUGCAUGUUAGUAGUUCUCAAAUAACAAUUUAUGUCAAUGUAAUUUUGUACUAAAUUAUAUUCAGUGCGAUUAAUACGAGUUUGUCUUGACAGUCCGCCGACAGACAACUUAAGGAUUUGUAUUUUAAAUAUCUUCGUUCAGCGUUUACAUAGUUGAUGAGAUUCAUAGUAAUAACACUGUGGUAGGUUGCUAAUGUUAAGCAUUCUAUACGAAGUUUAUCUGUGAUGAAGUGGUAAGUCGUGGGCAGAAUUCGUGCUGUUCAUAAUAUGCGAUCUGGUACGUGCCAGCAGAAUGAUAUUUGCGAAUUAACCGUUACCGCUAUAACGAAAUCAUUGCGUCAGAGGCUACUUUGUGACAUUUGAUUAAUUAUCCGUUUCCAUAGCAAUUUAAA